UCCAUAAAAUACCGAACAGUUAAUCUUCAUCUUCCCCAAACCCUUCUCUCUCUCUCUCUCUCUCUCUCUCUCUAUCUGUUGCGGAGGCGACGAGGAAAUGCAGCAGCUGCAGUCUCCGCCGCAAAUGCUCGGAUUUUAACGAAUCUAGCUGUGGUAGAAGGCCUUUCUUUGCUGGUUCCGCAGCUUAAUUUUGAGAAUCUGGUUUAAUUCACCUUUUUAGCAAUGGAUUCACUGAAGGAGAAUAAGUUCAUGAAUGCUGGCCUCAUCUUUCUAGCAACAAUUGUGUUUGCAAAAGUCAUGUCCGCCAUUAUGAUUGCUAGGGCUAGGAAACGUCUCCCUCCUACUGUCAAGGCGUGGCCGGUUCUUGGGGGACUUGCUCGGUUUAUGAAAGGCCCGGUCGUGAUGCUUAGGGAAGAAUAUCCAAAGCUUGGGAGCGUAUUCACAUUGAAUUUUUUGAACAAGAACAUCACAUUUUUCAUUGGGCCUGAGGUGUCAGCACAUUUUUUCAAGGCCCCAGAAUCUGAUCUUAGCCAGCAAGAGGUGUACCAGUUUAAUGUGCCCACUUUCGGUCCAGGUGUUGUUUUUGAUGUUGACUAUUCAGUGCGACAAGAGCAGUUUCGGUUCUUCACAGAGUCUCUGAGGGUGACCAAGUUGAAGGGCUAUGUAGAUCAGAUGGUUGUUGAGGCAGAGGACUACUUCUCAAAGUGGGGCGACACUGGUGAAGUGGACCUAAAAUACGAGCUGGAGCACCUCAUCAUCUUGACGGCUAGCCGAUGCCUCUUGGGUAGGGAGGUGAGGGACAUGCUAUUUGAAGAUGUCUCUGCCCUCUUCCAUGACCUCGACAAUGGCAUGCUCCCUAUCAGUGUCAUCUUCCCAUAUCUCCCAAUCCCUGCUCACCGCCGCCGGGACCGGGCCCGAGCGAAGCUCGCAGAAAUAUUCGCGAACAUCAUCUCUUCUCGUAAGUGUGCCAGCAAGUCGGAGAAUGACAUGUUGCAGUGCUUCAUUGAGUCAAAGUACAAGGACGGCCGCCCGACGACCGACAAUGAGGUCACUGGCCUCCUCAUUGCUGCCCUUUUUGCCGGGCAGCACACCAGCUCCAUCACCUCCACCUGGACUGGGGCCUACCUUCUCCGCCACAAGGAAUACCUCUCAGCUGUGACUGAAGAGCAGAAGAGCCUGAUGAAAAAGCACGGGAAUAAGGUUGACCAUGACAUCUUAUCGGAAAUGGACACUCUUUAUCGGUGCAUUAAAGAGGCCCUUAGGCUCCACCCUCCAUUGAUACUCCUGAUGCGUAGCUCGCACAGCGACUUCACCGUGAAGACGCGGGAAGGAAAGGAGUAUGACAUCCCAAAGGGCCACAUUGUGGCCACUUCACCUGCUUUUGCCAACCGGCUUCCUUACAUUUACCAGGACCCGGACAAGUACGACCCUGACCGGUUUGCACCAGGCAGGGAAGAGGACAAGGCUGCAGGUGCAUUUUCCUACAUUUCGUUCGGCGGUGGCAGGCAUGGGUGCCUCGGGGAGCCAUUCGCAUACCUGCAGAUAAAGGCGAUAUGGAGCCAUUUGCUUCGAAACUUCGAAUUGGAGCUCGUAUCUCCUUUCCCAGAGAAUGACUGGAAUGCCAUGGUCGUGGGCGUGAAGGGGAAGGUGAUGGUUCGCUACAAGCGUCGGCAGCUCACCGUUGAGUGAAUGGGUUUGCUUGGUUUCUUUAGUUAUGUUUCUUUUCAGAUUUCUGCUGUCCAGUCAUUCUGAUUUUUGGCUUGUAGACAUAUCCAAGUGGUGGUCCAACUCAUCAAUGCAUCCCAGCUUCCUUCA